UGCACACAGUGAAAGAGUGCCGACACUUCCGAGGAGUUUUACCUGUUCUUCUACAAAUGAUGACCUCAUAACAACUUUAACAACUGGCAGAGAGUCUUGAAAAGCACUGACGCAAUGAUCUCAACUUGUGAUGAAUCACAUGUAGGAGACCAAAACGAAACCUACCUGGAUGAUUAUGGACCCUUUGGGAAAGUUAAGGGAAUGGAGCACCUGGGAGUAUGUCGGUCUGUCGCCUCUGUGAUCUCAGCUGAGUCCACGAGCGCGCGCAUCUCUCUGCCAGGUGUGAUGGAUUCAGAAGGGCGCGUGGACGAGUCCAGACUCAGGAUGCAUGUAUUUAAAAAUGGUGGUGUGUCGCCGGAGGAACGGGGUCAGGUAUGGCGGUUUCUAUUCGGCAUGUACCCCUGCAGCUCUACGGCUCUGGAGCGCCCCCUACUGCUGGAGCAGAUGGCAGUGCGCUAUCGGCUCAUGAAGGGGAAGUGGCAACAGCUGCUUCCUGGAGCGGUUCGAGUCAGACUCAAUGGCACUGAUGCCGAGCUGUUGGCUGCUGUGAAAUAUUUUGAUCAGAGGCAGGACAGAGAACAAAAUCGACAGCAGUUCCAGUCGGAUGAGGUUAGAGAAAGGAUAUCUUUUUUGGAGCUGCAGGCUCAGGUGCUAUUUGAACGUGUCACCUUUGACCUGGAGGAGCUUCAGGAGGCCAUACGCAUUAUCGAUAAAGAUGUCCCCCGAACAGACAGAGAUUUACCAUACUACCGGAAUGAAGGCUUGGGUAACCUACUUGUGUUAAGAGAUAUUUUAAUCACGUAUGCUGCUUUUCACCCAGAAGUGAGUUAUGCUCAGGGUAUGAAUGACCUUUGCAGUCGCUUUCUGGAGGUUUUGGACUCCGAGGUGGACACUUACUGGAGCUUUUCCUGUUACAUGGAGAAGUUUUCCAAAGACUUCUGUGCCGACGGACUGUAUCGCAAAAUGGAAUUGGAAGCUGCUUUGCUGAAGGAACUGGACCAUCAGCUUCAUGCUCAUCUGGUCACAGAAAGCUUAGAUAGACUGACAUUCUGUCACAGGUGGCUUUUGCUGGGUUUCCAGCGAGAGUUUGAACACAGUGAUGCUCUGCGUCUGUUUGAGAUUUUUAGCUGCGAUCACUUGGAGCUCAUCUCGCAGCAGGUGGAUCGCGCUCGAUAUCAGGAGAGAUUGGCACGAAAACAAAGUCUAGAGGAUGAAUCGAUGAAAGAAGCGCAUACCGUAAACGCAGAUUUCACUUUUGAACUCUUCAUGUGUGCUACCAUCCUUCUGGAACACCGAGCCGCUCUUCUAAGCUGCAAGAAUGAAGUUCAACUCAUUCAGUUCACAAGCAGUCUGCAGGGAAAGCUGGACCUGAACAGCACGCUGAAGAAAGCAGAGGAACAUUUUUAUGACUACUGCAAGCGUUCAUCUUGGGAUUAUUUGAGCGGCCGCUGUCGCAUGGCGAAGAGAAAAGAGGAUCAUUUUUUCUAUCAUCUGCGAAACCUUUUCUCCUGAGAUUUAACACGCCCUUUGAUGAAUGUUCCUGGGAAAGAUCUUGUUGACUGACACCCAGGAAUCUUCUGUGGGAUUUUAAACUGAAGAAUGAUGCUGCUUUUAAAUCAGUGUUUGUAUUUAUGAACAAGAUGGAAAGACACUUGAUCUCCAAACACUUGCUGUUUUAAUGUAAAGAUUUAUUUGUCAGACAGACACUAAGAUAACUUUACCUUCUUAAAGAAAUAAUUCACCCCAAAAUUCUAUAUCUAUUCACCCCCAUGUCGUUCAAACCUGUUUAUGACUCUUUCUUCUGUGGAACACAAAAGAAGAUAUUUUGAGAAAAAAGUGGUUUUGUGUUCAUACAAUGGAAGUCAAUGGGGUCUAGUGUUGUUUGGUUACAAACGGUCUUCAAAAUAUCUUCUUUUGUGUUCUGCAAAAGAAAUAAAGUCUUACAAUUUCACAGUAAGAUCGGCAGUGUCAAAAAGGUCAAAUUUACACUCGCAGUGUAUAUAUAAUCCACACAUACUGUAUAUACAUUGUGUCAGUUAAUUUGUCCCCUUUUAACAAUUGUCCCCUUUUGCUGUGUUGGAAAUGACAAGAGGGUGAGUAAAUAAUGAAAGAAUGUCCAAUUUGGGUGAACCAACCCUUUAAGAUCAUAAAUAGACACACGUUUACUGUGUCUAGUGUACUGUGUUACACGUUUAUUUUUUGCAUCAACACCAUGAUUUUAAUGAUCCUUUACCUUGAAAAAUGCCUGAAAAUACAGGUAGCGUUUAAAGAUGUUUUAUUUCUUUAUCUAAAACUCCCUUGGACUGCAGAUAUUGCUCAUACAGUGAUUACCAAUGUCAACAUUUGCAUUUGUAGUAAGUGCACAGAGGGCAGAAAUCCCGGCCGCUGAACUAAGCAAGACUCGACUUCUGAGUAUUAUUCCAUCUCGGAAACAUCUGGUGCUGGUUCACAUAAGAACACAAUAUAAGAAUAGAAACACAUGCUCUUAAGUGACACGCUUCUGAGAAGCUGUAGAACAUCCGCCGUGGUCUUCUCGCACCAAUCUGAAACACUUCUCAAGUAUCAUCUGAUCAGAAAUAGCUCAUUGAGCUGGACACUGUUCACUUGAGAGAUCUCAGUGAUGUUGUUUUCUUAUGUAAGGAGCCACAAAAUAUGUUUACACCUCGUUACAGUUGUUUUACAUGAUGAUGUGAAACAAAUCUUUUAAACACUGUGGUUAAAUGUACAUUUUUUGUAUGUUUGAUGAUUUUCUGACACAAAAGGGCUGUUGUGUAUGUUUUCAAGAUUUUUGGAAUAUUUCUUAAAGUUUGCACAGUAUUUGAUUGUGUACAAAUGUAGCAGGAGAGGAACGAUACAUCAAUCAGCAGUGUUAAACUGGAUGAUAAACGAUGAUUAUGGCUUUCUGAGGUGAGAUGUGUGAUGUCACAGGUGGAGCUGUGUGUGUGUGUGUGUGUGUGUGUGUGUGAGAGAGAGAGAGAGAGAGGCUGAGGCAGUAACAAGUUUUAUUUUAAGCUUCACUGUGACAUUUAAACACUCUCUUCGAGUCACGGACACUAAACUUUAUGCUGCUGAGUACAAUGUUAUUCAGAAAUAAAAUGUGAACA